CCGGCUUGUGUAUUUGGUGCUGGUAAGAUAUUAAUAUUGACUUCAUGCGACUUAUUCGCAAUUACCGCAGUUAUUACUAUUGCGAGGGUAAUUAGGGCAUUUAUAUCACCGCAUACGGUUUCUCUCACGUAAUCGUGGCGGUGGUGUAAUGUUUCACAGCCCGGCAUCUGUUCGAUCACCAUAAACAGGCUAAUGGAUAGCACAGUGGCAACAGACAGCAGGUCAUUUGGACCAGACAUAUGUUCUCCUUCAGAAGAUCUCAAGCCUUUAAUGUGGUGCUCUGAACUUGUUUCCCCACUUAUUGUAACCAAACAAGUAGAUGUGAGCCCUAAAGAGGAACCCUUGGAAUGGCUGAUAUCUGAUGUGAGGUCUGUGGCUGAAACACAACUUAAAAUAACUUCUGGAGAAUGUCUUGGACCAGAAUCACUUUUACCGACAGUAGAGCAGGUUAUUAAGGAGGAGCCAAAUUUGCUGCCCAAUGCACAAGAUUAUAGCUCAGUAGUUACUGACAUAUAUAUUGAAAAAGAACAAUUUGAAGAAACCACAUGUGCAACAGGAAAAUUGGAGAAAGAAGUGCAAAAUGUGAAUAAUGUGUGGAAUUCUACAGAGGAACGGAAGCCUGUAAAAUUUGAGAGGGAAGAAGGAUGCCUGCAUUUAAAAGGUGAACUCAGCAGUUGUGAGAUGUCUAAGCAGAAGCUUGGGUCAAGAAGGAGCAUUCGCCUUUCGUGCAAAGCUAAAAACUCAUGUCAUCCACCAUCUAAGGCCCCUGUGAUGCUCUUUAAACGUGAGACGUGUGAUAAAGUCUCGAACCAUCUGGCAAGCUUCCGGGAGCACCAGAGAAUACUUUCAGGAGAGCACCCCUUCAAAUGCAAGCUGCAAAGAACACCGCACAUAAUAAUAAAGAUGGCUGAGGGUUCUGGCAAGGCAACCGAUGAAAAAAGUGUGCGACUCAAGUCCUCUAAGGCAUGGGAGCAUUUUACUUUAAAUGCUGCAAAGAAGGUUGUAACCUGUAAAAUUUGCAAUACGGAGCUUGUGUGGCACAGAAGCACGACCGUGAUGCACGAGCACAUGAAAAGGAAACAUGUGGACUUCACGCAGGAAGGUGAAACAUCAGGACGGAAGAAACAGCGUACCAUGACCGAAUUUGUGCAGCAAAAUCCCCAGUGCACUCCACAGCAAACAGCACUUAUAACCGAUUCCAUUCUGAAAAUGCUGGUCGCUGACAUGCGGCCGCUAUCCAUGGCUGAAGACCAAGGAUUCAAAAGCAUGCUGCAAAGAACACCGCACAUAAUAAUAAAAAUGGCUGAGGGUUCUGGCAAGGCAACCGCUGAAAAAAGUGUGCGACCCAAGUCCUCUAAGGCAUGGGAACAUUUUACUUUAAAUGCUGCAAAGGAGGUUGUAACCUGUAAAAUUUGCAAUACGGAGCUUGUGUGGCACGGAAGCACGACCGUGAUGCACGAGCACAUGAAAAGGAAACAUGUGGGCUUCACGCAGGAAGGUGAAACAUCAGGACGGAAGAAACAGCCUACAAUGACAGAAUUUGUGCAGCAAAAUCCCCAGUGCACUCCACAGCAAGCAGCGCUUAUAACCGAUUCCAUUCUGAAAAUGCUGGUCGCUGACAUGCGGCCGCUAUCCAUGGUUGAAGACCAAGGAUUCAAAAGCAUGGUCAGUGUACUAAACCCCGGAUAUACUCUUCCCUCAAGAACUGAUUUCACCAAACUAGUGGAGAGGAAGUACCAAGAGGCAUUUCAAAAUGUGAAGCAUGCCAUCAGCGCUAAUGACUGCAGAAUUGCUUUUACAGCAGACAUAUGGACAAGUGUAGCUACUGAGGCUUACCUUGGCAUUACAUGCCACUACAUAGGGGAUGACUGGAAGCUGUCUUCUCUCUGUCUCACUACAAUGCCUCUUGAAGACAGACAUACAGCCGCAAACAUUGCAGAAUGGAUAGAGGAGGUCGCCGCAAAGUUUGAGAUUCCAGAUAAAAAAAUAAUUGCCAUUGUACAUGACGGUAGUGCAAAUAUUGUGGCUGCUGUAAACAUCCUAGAGGACAAGCAUGGAUGGGCCAGUAUCUGCUGCACUGGCCACACAUUGCAGCUGGUGAUCAAUGCUUCAUUAAAGCACUCUGGAAUUCAGAGAGCUGUUAGUGCUGCAAGAGGACUAGUUGAGCAUUUUAAAAAAAGUGAGCUAGCCAGCAAUAAGUUGAAGGAGAAGCAGAGGCAGAUGGGUACACCAGAGCACAAACUUCUUCAGGAUGUAAGCACUAGGUGGAAUAGCACUUACUAUAUGGUUGACAGUCUUAUUGAACAAAGGUGGCUCGUAACUGCCACUCUGUCUGACCCAUCUGUUAAUCAAAAGGGCAAACAUUUGGAGUUAAAGCCAGAACAGUGGAAUCUUCUUGAAGAACUUUCCACCGCUCUUAAGCCCUUUGAAUGCGCCACUGUAUUCAUGAGUUGCCAAGAAUAUGUAACGGUAUCUUCCAUACCUGCACUUGUGAAGGGGCUGUUAAGGUCCAAUGAGGUUGCCUGUUUUGAAUCAUCUCCGCUGAAGAGCUUCCAAGCCACAGUAACAGACCAGCUUCAAAGCAGAUGGAAGGGGAUCCUUUUUGAAAAUGUCCCAAACACUGUUGUUAUUUCCUCUGCCCUGGAUCCACGAUUUAGAAGACUGAAGUUUUUAACACCAGAGCAAAUUAUAAGUGUACAGGCAAAAGUGCAGACAGAGGCGCUUGCUGUAAGAAGGGAGAUGGUGCAGCAGGAAACAACCUCUUCGCCUGUAAUGAGAGUUGACGUGCCCUCAACAUCUGCUGCUUCUCUACUUGACUCACUCCUUGAGUCUGGGGGCAGCAGUGAAAAGGAUACUAGAGAGGGGAAACUUGAGGAGGAGGAUAUUCAUACUCAAGUACGAAAUGAGGUCCAGGCUUAUUUUGCAGAGAGGCCCCUUGCCAAGGAGAGAAACCCUUUGAAUUGGUGGAACACCAACCAAGAGAAAUAUCCUACCUUGGCAAAACUGGCAAAAUCUUACUUGUGCAUCCCAGGCACCUCCACUCCAUCAGAGCGCCUCUUCUCUGCUGCAGGCAAUAUUGCUUGUAAAAAGAGAGCCAGCCUCAGCCCUGAGCAUGUGGACAUGUUAACAUUUUUGCAUUCUAAUGCAAAAUUUCUGGAACAGUAA